GCAAAAUACGGAUAAAUAAACGCACAUGGAAUAUAAUAGCGUUUCUGAUGAUGUGAUAGUGCGAUUUGAUUUGAACGUUUGGUCUGUGUGAUCGGUGUAAUAUGGGUAAACAUGGCGGAGAACGUCCAGGAACGUCGCGGUUCUGGUUUUGCUCAGUUUAACGAAGAAGAAGAAUACGAGUGCAAAAUCUGCUACAACCGCUUCGACUUGGAGCGCCACACUCCCAAACAGCUGAGCUGCUCCCACAGCUUCUGCCAGGAGUGCCUCGAAACGCUUCACUCCCGAGAGGGUCAGGGAUGGAGAAUCGGCUGCCCGCUGUGUCGCCACCGGACUCCGCUUCUGGAAUAUAAAGUUCAGAACCUUCCGAACAACAACGCGCUGAUCGAGGCUCUUCCGCCGCAAACCCAGCGGGAUCCGAGCUCAUCAAGCAGGGAAGGACGGUCUGGCCCGUCCGAAUCCUCUGGCACCGAGAAAAGCUGCGAGACUUGCAAAAACAUCGCGUUUACCACGGGUUGUGUGUGCGCCAUCUUCUCCGUCCUCUCUAUGGUGGUGCUUUUAUUUCUGGGACUCAUUUUUGUACACAACUUCAACCACAUAGCGUCGCCCGUCGGCCCUGUUUGCCUGUUGGUGGCCAGCGUCCUUGCUCUGCUCGCCUUAAUGCUCACUUGGCUGAUGUGCAUGCUGAAAUAUGGAACAGAAACAGAUGCCAGUAUUUCAGUUCCCUCGUAUCUAAUGUGAUCAUCAGAUGCAUAUCUGGAAUUAUACAAUGAGAUAUUUGAAGCUGGCUUAUCCUGUUUUUGUGUGAAAUUCUUCUUGUUACCCUAUGCAGGAAUCCUGAGCACUAAUAGAAUAUUGUCUUGUAUGAAAAAAUACAGUUAUUGUCAAUGAUGCUCAUUUGUUUCAUUUUUCUUUACAAUGCUGAGGAUCCGAAGGUUUCUAAUUCUUAUUUAAAUUUUAAAUCUUCAUAUUGCAAUUUUUCUCCAUUCUUUUGAUAAUCUGUACCUUUAAACAAACCAGUUUGUGUUUAUGCAGCUUUGUCUACCUUGAGUGGCUGGCAUGAAUACUCAAAAAAAGUCAUUAAUCAGGUACAUCCGGGAAAAAUGUCCUGCCAUCAAAGAAGAGCUGUUAUAUUAUGUGCAUAGAUGCAGGAAGACGUUGCUACAUGCCACAGAUAAGUAAUGCUGAAGUAGGUAUUUAAAAUGUGCAGAUUCAGAACCAAUUAAAAGGAUAAUUCUAUUAUUUUGUAGAUGGAAUUUGAUCAUCUACAAUUCAAAAUUGAAUUGAAGAGUGAAUCUUCCAAUUAAGUCAAUCCUAAUCUGAGACAAAUAUGAAAACUUCACAAUACAGAAAGUUAAAACCCAAACUAAAGGAUUCCACAAUGAUCUAAUUCCUUUUGUUUGUGGAGUAUGCCUGGAAACGUGUUCAAACAAAGUAAAUCUCCUGUAACUUUAGUGUUGAAGGAAGAGUCCACCCAAGACAGCAUUUGUGUUAGAAUAAUAAUGCCCAUGAGAAAUGGUGUCAUUUAGCCCUCAGUCAAUAUUCCCCUCCUCCUGUUUUUGUUUUUAGUUUGUUUGUUUUUGCACCUAUAGUACAUUCCUUCCUAUACUUUGCUUGUUGUCCAUCAGAUAUAUAGUAAAGUUUCAUUAUAAUGGGGAAUUUUGAUAAAUUCUUGAGAUAAACUCUUAAAAAUGCCAAUACCUCACAA